CGGUGCGGAGCGCAGCGGGCCCGGGCGCUGGCUGGCGUCGCCGGGGUCCCCCCCGCACCCGCAGGAACGCUCGGCUGCGGGAGGAGCCCCGCGGGGCCCCGAGUCUUGCAGGCCGAGGGGCGGCGCUCAAAAGCUACAGUGCGAAUCUCGGAAGUGUACAGUGGGACCAGGGACGACAAGCAGCGGAGGUCAUCUCAAACUGGCAGAUGACCCCAGGGCAGAGGUAGACACCACCACUCAAGCCUAAGUCUGCUGCAGCCAUGCUGGACAUAAAGGCCUGGGCCGAGUAUGUGGUGGAGUGGGCCGCCAAGGACCCCUACGGCUUCCUCACCACCGUCAUCUUGGCCCUCACGCCUCUGCUGCUGGCAAGCGCAGUCCUCUCCUGGAAACUGGCCAAGAUGAUUGAAGCCAGGGAGAAGGAGCAGAAGAAGAAACAGAAACGCCAAGAAAAUAUUGCAAGAGCCAAGCGACCGAAGAAGGACUGACAACUUGAGCGGGCUCUGAAGCCAGAGGGAAAUCACUGGAAAACCGAAGCCGCUUCGGAAGGCCCUGCUGGGGUUCCUCUGGAUGGGACGCGUUCAAUACAUAAACCAGAUCUGAACGGACAGAAUGCCUGACCUCAGCACCUAGUCAGCUUUCAGGCGUGGGUGUGUGUUGGCAUCUGUCCCCAACUGCUGCAAAUUAGCAUCUGUAUCCAAAUAGAGUAUCCCUAAUCUGAAGUGCUAAAAGACGAAAUAUUCGGAGCAUAGACAUGAAGCCACAAGUGGAAGAUUCCACACCUGACUUCAUGAGGUGUGUCACAGUCAAAACACAGGCAACCUAAAAAUACUGUAUAAAUUGACUUUCUGGCUAGUGUACAGCUUGUGUGAAACAUGAAUGAAUUUCAUGUCCUGGCUUGGAUCGCAUAUAUUAUGGAUAUGUAGACAUUUUCAAAUCCCAAAGAAUUUGCAAUCUGAAACACUUCUGGUCCCAAGCAUCUCGGGUAAGGGAUACUCAAACUGUAGCCCCCGUUUUCUGUAACUGACGCUGUCAUUUGCCAUUCUGUGGUUUAGGCACUAAAAUGAAGCAUCCUGGGAAGUGAAACAUAAGUUGUGAACUCUACUUGCUGCUGUAAAAUGGGCCCUGUUCUGCACCCAUGCUAUUAACAAUGAGAAACAGCUCUCUUCUGAGGUGAAAAAUGUGCUUUGGCUUAUAAGAAACAUAGCAGUUAGUCACAUCUUGUAUUACUAUUGCUUAUUUCUUAGAGUAAGAUCAUUUCUGGGCCUCAGAGUACUUGAUUCUCUGCCCUGCGUUUUUCUGAUUCCGGUCUUGGAGCCAACUGGUAAUGAACACAUUCUGCAUUUUAUAAAGAUUUCUCAAUAUCUUGACCAUAAAAUACCACCUACUACUAUACAAAUUUUUGUACUUCUGAACACUGCCAUUUUCAUAGAGGUGAGUUGUUGAGAAGAGUAACAGUAUGGUUAAAGCUUAGAGUAAAAUGCAAACGCUACAGUUUGAAACCAUUUGGGAGGGAGGCCUUUUAAAAUCACAGAAAAUGCAUAUUACUGGAAAAAACUAUGCAUGGAUUUAAAAAUAUUUUUGCACCACAAAUCACUUAUCUUUUAAUUCCAAUUUUUUGUCAUGAACUAUCUGAAGCAGUUCCGUAUUCUUGUGCCUAACUAUAGCUGUGAAAUGGUUGAAAUGUCUUGUCAGCCAUGAUUGUACAAAUUCCAUUUUAACUCAAAUGAUUGUGAAGUGUACUGUACCUUUCAAACAGGUUUGAGAUGAAAAUUAAAAUUUCAUAUUUCUUUUAGAGAACUCUUAAAGAGUUAACAAUUAAGUCAUACUUCAUAAGUGGCAAAACAUGCUUAAAAUUUUGAAAAAAUUUGUGUAUAAUAAUUAUUGCUUUGGAGAGGAUAAAUUAUGUCCAGAUGAGAAUGGGCUAUAUGUUACAAUGACUACAGAGCUAGACAAUAUUUCAGUUAUGCGAGGUAGCAAAAAUACUAUUAUUUUAAACCAAGAUACAUGGCUUUUCUAAAUGCCUGGUCUGGUAACUUCAUUCACUGUCAGUAUGUAGUAGCUUAUUAAAGUCUCCUUAUAGUCCAGUAGUGAGUUUUCAGUUACAAAAAAUGGUCCACUGUCUCUAAUUUAAAAAUAAGCUAGAUAUUGAAAUAAAGAAUUGUUUUUUAUACAGAAAUCUUUGUGGGAUUUUGGGGGGGUGUGGGGAGGGAUUGGAGUUAGAUUUGUUAAGCAAGUAGACUUUGUGAAGAAUUACAAAUUCCAGUUAGAGCUAAAUAUCCUUGCAAAAGACUUUCUUUUUUUUUAUUUGACUACCUGAAAACCCCUGAGAAUGUUUGUGAACCAGUUUGAGUAUUUAGUGCUGUUUUGUUAGUUUAUCAGUUCCUUUGUGCAGUGUAAUCAACACAUUGCAACUCUAGGGACUGAAAAAAUGCAGUGGGUGGUUAUGAAUUGUUCAGGUGAUGGCAUAGGAUAUGCUUUUUAUCUUAUUGAAUUUAAAACUUGCUUAACAAAACUACUGGCCCCCAGGCCAGAAUAGUGGUUUAGCAAGCCAAGCCUCUACCUAAGGCCAAGGUAUCCCACAUGGGCACCGUUUUAAAUUCAGGCUGCACCACUUCCGAUCCAGUUCCCUGUUUGUGGCCUGGGAAAGCAGUAGAAGCUGGCCCAAGUCCAUGUGCACAUGCACUCAUGUGGGAGACCUGGAAGCUCAUGGCUCCUGGGCCAGCCCCUCUUGGGGAGUGAACCAGCAGAUGGAUGAUUCUUUGGUGAAGUCUGAAGUACUUGAAUGUUAUGAGGGUAUGUGGUCAAGCAGUUAGUGCUACUCACACACUAAGUUGGAAACAAAGGGUAUAAUCAGCAUAACACUCAGUUACCUACCAGAGCAGUGUUUUCUUUGCUUCUGUGGGGUUUUACCUUGGUUUCAAAGCCUAAUAUGUUAAUUUUAAGUGUUCUUUAUAGGCCAUAUUUUUGUUUUGUUUUGUUUUUCAAAAAUUUAUUUACUUGAAAGAUUUUCCUUCCCUGGGUUUAUCCCCUCCAAAGGUACUAACCGUUGGUGCUGGGCCAGACUGAUGCCAGGAGCAAGGUGCUCCAUCUGGAUCUCCCCUGGGCAUGGCAGGAAGUCACUUCCUUGUGGUGUCACCUGCUCUCUCCCAGGUACAGGAGCUGGGAGCUGGGCCGAAAGUGCAGUAGCCGGGGACUUGAACUGGACAUUUAAUGUGAGGCCUGGUGUCUCAAGUAGUGAGGGGCUUCAUGUGCUGCCUGCCUAAGUGUUCUUUGUACAGUCUUUGGAGUAGCCAGGAUUGCAGCCAGGCACUUGGAUUGCAGAUGUGGCCAUUUCACUUGGGACUUAACAUCACAGGGCCCCUAGAACCUUUUAUACAU